AUGGCGAUCACGUUCAAUACGAAUGUCUUCGGGCUAUCUCUACAUCCAUCAAAAGAAAUACUAGCUGCUGGACUGUUAGAUGGGAGCAUCUCUCUAUACAACUAUGAAGCUGAUCCAAAACCAAUAUUCACUCUAAAGCCACAUAAAAGUGCAGUCAGAUCCGUUGAUUUCCAUCCCAGUGGUGAAUGGCUAUGUAGUGUAUCAGCUGAUCAUUCUAUACAGCAUGUUAAUGUCGAGACGAAGAAGAUUGUUGUCAAGAUACCUAGUGCUCAUGAGUCGGCAAUAAACGCUCUCACAUUCAUAUCGCCUACCUUGUAUACUACCGGCGACGAAGACGGGCGUAUAAAACUCUGGGACACACGAACGCCAACUAUACCAACACACACAUACAACAUCCACACAGACUACAUAUCCCAGUUAUAUUACGACAACCACAAGAAGAUGCUGCUUGCUACAGGUGGUGACGGCAUGCUAUCCGUCUACGACCCACGAAACACAAAAAAAGAAUAUAUUACCGAUUCACAAGACGACGAAUUCUUGUGUCUGUGCAUACACAAAAACCACAGCAAAGUCCUCGUCGGCACAUCCAGCGGUAUCGUAAACGUAUUUGAUGUGGGCAAAUGGGACGAGCCCGUCGAACGAAUCCCGGGCCAUCCAAGCUCUGUUACUGGGAUACUUGAGAUUGAUGAUUCUACAGUCCUGACGAGUGGAAGUGAUGGCCUUGUGAGGGUGAUGCAGACGUAUCCGCAUAAAGUGCUGGGGAUUGUGGAGCUGCCUGAGGGACAGCAGGAUAGUGCGGAGUGUAUGAGACUGUCAGUGGACAAUCGGUGGUUGGUUGUUGCGCAGGAGGAGAGAGUUUGUGUUGUUGAUGUUGCGUAUUUGUUUGAGGAGGGGGACGACGAUGAGGAGGAGGGGGUUCAAGAAGAGGUUGAUGGUGGUAGUGUUGUGAAAGGUGGGAGUGCGCAGGAAGGAGAAGAUGAUGAAGAUACAGGAACAGAUGGAUCUGAUUCUGAUUCUGAAAGUAGCAACGAAGAUGAAGAAGUGGUGGAUGAUGAAGCUCACGAGACUACGAACACAAACAACAAAAGGACUGCUGAAUCUAGCGAUUCGUCCGACGCGUCAGAAGCUGAGGAGAAGGCAGACGCUAAACCUGGUAAACCGACACGUAGACAAAAGAGGAGGGCACUUAUGGGAGAUAAGAGACCCAAGAAUGAAUUUUUUGCUGGGAUUGAUUAG